CUUCAAAAUCUAUUUCAAACUCGAAAAUCAAUAAAAAGUUCCAUCGAUAAACGAAACAUAUAUAUGGAAAAGGUUGAGAUCAACGGCGUAUCUGUACAUAACCCGUUUGGGUAAGUUCUUCCCUAAAAAAAAAAAACGAUUCCUCCUGCUCUUUCCGUACAUCGUCUAAAACGAGCCCUCUCUAUGCGCACCUCGAUGCGCAUGCAUCUCUGUUUCUUGUUUUUGGUUACUGUGUUCACCACUCCACUCUGUCUUCAUCUCUCUAAGUUGCCAUUUCAAACUCUUCUGCUAGAGACCGGUAACAUCAACACUCAGAAUCAAAUAGAGUUUCUUCAGGGGUGAAACCAAAUGGCACCAAGGGGGAGAACCACCAAGUCUCGUACGUCUCGAAUGGAUGCAGCCAUUGAUGCAAUGGCGCCAUUUGGGUUCACCAAAGAAGUCGUCAUCGCCAAGAUGCGUCAGCUCCUGAAGGAAUAUGGGGGGCAAGAUGGGUAUGGGUUUAUUGAACUUGAUGCGUAUUGCGUGCUUUUGGAAGCCCUUCUUGCCGAUCAAGAUAAGCAAAAUCAAGAACAAGGGGAAACAUCAAAUCCGAAUGAGAUCAUUGAAGCUGAAAAGUCUGGCUUCAUUGACAUUCCGAUCUGCCCUUCCACUCCUCUUACAGUCCUUCCACCACCACCACCAUCACUGCAACCUCUGGUUGCCUCUCUAACACCACUGCCACCUGUUGUAGAAACGGUUCUAACACUGCCGCUAGUGCCACCUGUCAUGGAUGCCAUCCUUCCUCCACCACCACCUCUGCCACCUGUUGUAGAAACGGUUCUAAAACUGCCGCCAGUGCCACCUGCCAUGGAUGAUAUGCUUCCAUCACCACCUGAAAAUGGUCAACCCCGGAGGCGAAAACCAUGUCAUGGUUGGAUCAGUGAUGUUGAUGAGGAGUGGCAUUUUAUAACACUGCCAUCAUCAUUCAACCGGUCAAUUUCACCACCAGUUACACCACCAACACAACCGGGUCAAUCAGGGUUGACCAAUGGGAGAAAAUAUCGUCCAAAACGCCAAUCAAGAUGGGAUUUAAUGCCUGAAGAUAUGUAGUUGUAAUCUCUUUACUUCUGAACUCUUCUCAACAUUUAGAUUAUGUUAACUAAUUAAACGUUUCUUGAUGCAAUUGGACUUGUGUUCCAAAAUUUAACAGACUUGUAAACUAUUUGAUUAUAAAAUCUAAUGCAUCGG